CCUGUGGUCUUGUUUGAUGUUUAUUUCUCACUCUCAGUUUUUGACAGUUCAUAUUUGAGAAUUUAGUAGUAUUUAGAGUUAAGAUUAAAGAAAAAAUAGUAUUUAACUUGGUAUUCUAACUUAAAAUGCUUCCAUCGACGGGUUAUUUUAAAGGAAUUAUUUGUCCUUUUUAUGACACCGGUCUUUGCGAGAGACCCUACUGUCAUUUUCGUCAUGUUAAAAAAGAUACCCAAAAUGUUAAUGGUGACGGCAUUGAAAGUGGAGAAAUACUUCAAAAAUUAGUUUCGGCAGCGGUUCAAAAAGUUCUACGACAGAAUGACUCGUCUCUAUUACCCUCAACUUCGCAAGGUACAACGGAUGGAGUAUUAGAUAGUACACAGCAAUUGCCCGUUAAAGCUACAUAUAGUCCAACACCAAUAUCAGAAUUAAAUAAAAUUAAUAACGAAUUAGAAGCAGAGGACGUCGUUGAGAAAAAGCGGAGACAUAUCCCCGUACCAUACACUCCAAGAAAACCAGCUGCUUUACAAAUUAAAAGACCAAUUGACACAAAUGGUUCUAAAUUAUACGUCGCUCCGGUUAUUCAGUAUACGCCGGGAUCUGAAUCUGCCCAGUUAGACCCAUAUACCCCAAAAGGUACAGUAGAAUCAAAUGAAAAAUACAAACCAGGGACUGAAGCUAAAAUUCAGGAAUACUUACCCAAUGAAACACCAACCUCAAAUAAACAUAACUAUAUUCCAUCUGAUAAAUAUACAACUAAAAAUAAAAUAAUAGAAUAUAAACCUACAAAUGUGACCAAAAAUGUUGACUUACCAGCUAUUAAAUAUCAACCUACACCUAAGGCAUUAGUUCCAUGUUUUUCAAGUGAUGAAGAAGAACCGGAUCCCAAGAAACAAAAAAUUUCAAAUGAUCUUAAUGGCUUUGAUGAUUUAGGGCCUGAGUUUGACAUAUUAGAUCAAAUUUUAGAUGAAGAAAAUACUAAUAAAGAUGAAGCUAAACAAAAUGAAAAACAAUAUGAUUGUAAAGAAAAUAAAAGUGACAAGAAUAGUGAAAAUGUAAGUAAAGUCAAUACUCAAAAAAGUGACAGAAUAAAGUCAGACAAAAAAGAUUCAAAACAAAAAGAUAAACAAAAUAAAAAGUAUAAAGAUUCUGACUGUAAAUCUAGUCACAAGAGUUCUUCAUCAGAUAAAAGUAAAGAAACAAAAAUAGAUAAAUCUGAUAAAAAAUCACAUUCUAGUUCCAAAUCUUCUGAACAUCAUUCAAAACCUUCAUCAUCUGAUAGAAGAUCAAAACAUUCAAAAACUUCUUCAAGGCAUAAAGAUAAGGAUAACAAGUCCUCAAAAAAAAGUAAGGAAGACUCAAGAGUGAAAGAAAAGCAUCACAAAUCUCAUAAAAGAUCCAAAGAAAAUAAGGAUAAUAGUAAAAGAAAGAAAAGAGAUGAAUCUGCUUCUAAAGGCAUAUCAGAUAAUGAUCAUGAUCAUUGUGAUGACUUGGAGAUAUUUGAAUCUGAAGUAAUGUCUGAGUCAGAUGAAGAAACAAUAGCAGAAGAAUGUAAAAGAAUUUUUGAAGAAUAUGUACCAGAAUUAAAACCAAAACCUGACCAAGAAAAUUGUAAACAAGAAGUGCCUAUGGAAAGUGAAGAAUACAUACCAACUAAGAAAAGAAUAUCUAGGACAGUAGAUAAGCAUAUAAAAGUUGUGUCUAGAGUACCAAUAAAACCAGAUUUUAAACUGAAUGCAGCGCAAGCAAUGGCUGAAAGACUAUCCAAAGUAAAACAAUUCCAUGUGGCUAAAAGUGAACAGGACCAAAAAAAUACUCCAAUUACUAAUGUGAUUUCGAAACCAGAAAAUUCAUUGCCAUUUUCAGCUCCAACUAGUUCAAAAAUUCGUAUAGCCCAUGUACCAUAUGCAUCAACAUUAUUAACCGCUAAGAAAACUAUGUCUAGUAAUAAUGUUAUAAAACCUACCAAUCAACCUUCUACGAGUUUAACUUCAAUACAAACUGUUAAAAAGGGUGUACAAAGGGUUGCACAUAUCCCUAAUGACAAGUUUAUAGAUAGACCAGGAGUUUUAGAACCCUUAGGAUCAAAAAUUCCUGCAAACAUACGAUCAACAUAUUUAAACUUAAUGAUAGAUCAAACUCUAAAAAUAUAUUUAUCAUCUGCAGAUGCUUAUGCAAGAGCCCAACAUGAGGAAUUAACAAGUAGUAAAAAAUGCAGUACAGUGCCAAUUUAUAAGAAUUCAGCGGUACUUGCUAUAAGUAGGUUAAAGAAAGAAGUACAAGAAUGUAAUGGAGUUAAGAAAUCAGGAAUGGAUUGUGCUAUGUUACAAAAACUGCCUAAUGCUAUGGAAAAAUCAAACAGUUUAGGAUCAUGGAGUAUUGAAAGUAGAAGUAAUAAAACAUAUGAUGACAGAGCACAAUAUACUGGGGCAAAACUCUACAAUAAUAUUAAAAAAUGGAUUCUUACCGAAGAGCAGCUGAGGGACAAUGGGUUCCCUCGAUCACAUGAAAGUGGUGAAAGGGGUAGGGCUAUUAUAUUUGGACAAAACAAGCAAAAGCCACCAAAAGGAUUUAUCAGAACUUGUUGUCGGUGCAAAAAAGAUUACACAGUGAAUAAAAAGGGAUUUCCUUCUGUUAAAGAAGAAUGUAUCUAUCAUCCCAAUAAUAAAUAUAGAGUAAGAGGUGAAGUUCGAUAUCAAUGCUGUAGCCAAGAUGGAACGUCAGAUGGGUGCUGUAUUGCUGAAAGUCAUGUGUAUGAAUAUGUAGAUUUUGAAAAUCUGAAAGGUUAUGUAAAAACACUUCCUCCAGAAAAAGAGAUGGAUGAUUAUGGUGUUUAUUCUUUAGAUUGUGAAAUGUGUUAUACAACGCAAGGCUUGGACCUGACUCGAGUGACAGUAAUAAAUUCUGCAUGUAAAGUAAUAUAUGAAACUCUAAUAAAACCACUUCAUCCAAUUAUUGAUUACAACACAAGGUAUUCAGGUAUAACAGAAGAGCAAAUGUCUCAUGUUAAAACAACAUUACUUGAAGUGCAAGCUACUUUACUCACAAUGUUCAAUAGUAAAACAAUAUUAAUAGGACAUAGUCUAGAAUCAGAUUUUAAAGCACUUAAAUUAAUUCAUGAUACAGUUAUAGAUACAAGUGUAUUAUUUCCUCAUAAAAUGGGACCUCCAUAUAAAAGGGCAUUAAGAAAUUUAUCUUCUGAAUAUUUAAAGAAAAUAAUUCAAAACUCUGUAGAUGGUCAUGACAGCGCGGAAGAUGCUACUGUCUGCAUGGAGCUUUUACACUAUAAGUUAAAAGAGGACCUUAAAACUAGAUGAUUAUGAUAUAUUUAUUUCAAUUUUUCUGUAACAAGAUCUUUAGACUCUUCUUACAAUUAUUUUCUUCCGAAGAUUGUUAGAAAGCAGAUUUAUUGAGAUUAAAAUUAUAUAAUUUCUCACAAUUUGUGAUGAACUAAAAUUUAUUUAGAUUUUUUUUUGUGAAUGAUGAAUAUCUUAUUUGAGAGCACUAUAUUUAAGAAUAUAGAAGUGUAUUCUCAUAUUUAAAUAACUUCAUGCCUAUUUAUUAAAGCAAUAUAUUUAGCUUAAUUUUAAAGGGUAUAGUGUAAGUAUAAUUCUUUUAUAAAGUAUUUUUCUAUA